CAAACGUGGCGGUGAGCUCCUUCAUUAAUUUUAUAACGCGUCUAAAAAGUUCUUAAAAGAGUUAAGAAGCAACAGAGUCUGUUACACGCACAAAGGAUCGUCAAUGGACUACGAUUACAGAAACAGAGCGAGUUCAGGAUAUCCGCUGUACGGUCCUCCUCCUCCUCCCACAUCAUCAGCUGCACCGUCCAGCCAUCCGAUGUAUCACCAGUCAUCGUCUUUUUAUCCGAAGAUCGGUCAACAUGGUGCUCACCCCAUAGUCCCUCCCGUCUCUCGCUCUUCCUCUUAUCACCAGACCUCAUCACCUUCCUCCUCAGCCUCUUCGGGAUUGGGAAUUAGGGUUGCUUUAAAACCUGAGUAUCGAAUCACUGCUCCGCCUCAAUUGUCGGCACAAAUAGGAGAUAUUCCCCGGAGCAAUUUUCAAUUUGAUUUUGACUUUGAAAGAAGGGUUUUGGCUGAAGCCGAGAAGGAUAGCCAGAACUGGAGCAGGCUUGGGAUGGAAAAUGUUCCAUCAAAAACCACUGAAUCUACUUCUUCAUUGGGCUCGGUUGGGGAUCCUGUGGUGAGCAAAUACAUUGCAGCAGGACUCAACCGUGAUGCUGUUCCCAUUGCUGUUGCAAACUAUGGAGACAACCCGACCAAGAUUCGGGACUUUGUCAAUGGUUACACUCUCCUACGAGAAAUGGGAUUUUCACCUAGCAGUGUUGCGGAAGUACUACUCAUGUAUGAUAAUGACAAAGACAAGGCAGUGGCACAUUUCCUUAACAAUUCAUCAUGAAAAUACCUAAAUGGUUCUGUAAUACGGAGUUUUAGUGUGACAGUAGUAUAUAUAAAGUUCAGUGUUUGCUUCAUGAAUGCAGGUUUAUUCUGAUUGUAUAAAGAUAGCCAACAAUCUAUUGGUGAGGCCCCUGUAUUAAAAGUUGUAUGUAAAAGCAUAAACAACUAUAUUAACUUGGCAAACUAUUGGUGGAUGAAAUUAAAAUGGUUGAUCACGUUCUCUUGUUUA